CUCUCUCAAGCUUCUCUCCCCGCUACCGCUCCGAGUCCCAAGUCCCACCCGGCCAGCCUCCAUCGCUAGUACCACUCCUAGUCCCAAGUCCCAGCCUUCCAUCGACGGCGAGGGAGGGAGAGGCGACCUCCAUCCGGGCUGGUUAGAUUCAUCGCUUUUCUUGUCGCUGUCCCUCGGCCUUUCCCCCUACUGUGCUCCGAGUCUGGGAGAAGCGACUCGCGCACGCGCUCGGCCAAACCAAUUAAGCACAGAGCGGGGCUCUCGGGCGAGAACGCGCUGAGGCAGUGCUGGGUUUGCAGUUCGUGCCGUAGCGUUUUUUUUGUGUGUGUGCCGAAGCGGAGAGGCGAUGGCUGCGCCGAGGAAGGGGACGGCGACGCCGCUGGGCACCGUGUUCUCGCCGGAGGAGACGAAGAGGGCCGUGGCGAGGGUGGCCGAGUCCGUCGCUGGGCGCCGCGCCGAGCUCGCCCGCCUCCAGGGUUUCGCCGCCGACAACGCCGCCCUCGUCUCCCUCGUCAACAGGCUCCCCGACGAACUCUCUCACGAUAUCAUGGUUCCCUUUGGUGGCGCCGCCUUUUUCCCAGGGCGUUUAAUACACACAAAUGAACUCUUGGUGCUUCUGGGUGAGGGGUACUAUGCAGAGAGGUCGGCUAAGCAGACGACUAAUAUAUUGCACAGGAGGGGGCAGGAAUUGGAAGCUCAAGUCGAAGCAAUGAAGGCAACUAUCGCUGACCUUGAAGCUGAGGCCAAAUUCUUUGAAUUCACGGCCACCGAGGCUUCAGAGGGUCUUGUUGAAAUCAGGGAAGAGUAUGAUGAGGACUUAGAGACGAAUUCAUCAAGAUCAGAGGCUUCAGUUGCUACUGUGGUUAUGUCCGAUAAAGACAGGGAACAUGCUCGAAUCAUGGCAAGGUUAGAUGAACUUGAAAGGGAAGAAAAGGAUGCUGGAAGUGCCUGUGAAGAUGAUAAUGAUGGCGACGAUGAUGAUGGAGAUGCUGGAACAAGUGAUGAUGGCGAGGAAAAUAAGGAAUCUGGAAAUGCUUUAAGUGAUGUCAAUGAAGACUACAGUUCUGGUUUUGGCGCUUCAUUUUCUGGAAGUGGCGGCAAUGAUAGGAGUCAUGGGAAUAUUAAGAGUGCACUGAAGAAGCCUGGAGGAGAUGAAAUGCUGAUAGGCAUUUCUCAUAAGCCAUCAUCCCAUACAUCUCAUCUAGCAUUUCCUGGCCAAACCUCUGCAACAAAUUCUGAUGUCCGAGUUCACACUAAAGCUGUUACUUUUGAAGACGACAAAUAUGUAGUUAGUUCGUCAAAGUCUCCUCCCUUGCUACUGGAUUCUAUACAGUCUGAUCCUGUGCUCAAGAAUUCUUCAGACCCCGCUCUAUCUCGUGACAGAAAGAUAAUAUCAAGUGGACGAAAGGCCUUUACAGGAUCUAUCAUUGAGCACGACGACAAUGUUUCCACCAUUGAACCUUCUGUGGCUAGUUCGUUGGCAAAACCUGGUACUUGUGCUUCUUCAAGGCCCGUGUCAAGGUUCAAGAUGCAGAAAGGAGGGCGGUGAGUCUGGACACUCGGGUGGACCUUUGGUGUCUGAUAGAUUGCAUCUUGAACACGUUCAAAUUGUCUGUGCUGUCUGAACUCCUGGACGCUAGACAUGUUGUGGAUCCUGGACGCUAGACAUGUUGUGGAUCCUGGACGCUAGACAUGUUCUGGAGUGAUUGUCUUCUGCCGACUGUAGAGUGAAACCGGGACGUCCAAGCGAAGAAGGGAAUUAAAAACGAGGUUUUUUUUGGUCGGUU